AUGAUGGUUCACAACCCUGCUAAUAUGGCUUCCGCAAGCUUGGGGGGGGAAAUCCAACAGCUCUCUGAAUUGCACACCCAACUCGCAGAUCUCGAUAUCAGUCGUCUUCAAGCUUCUCAUGAUCAUAGGCAGAAGCUCGAUAUUGUCGCAGCCAAGAAGGAGAGCUACUACAAUGGCAUCAAUCAAAUCCGCCAGGUCAUUCAAAGCAUAUGUGUUGCUGGUCAGAAACUCUUGAGCCCAGUCCAAGUCUCUCAAGGUGAUAUUGAGGUGACCUUGGGUACCGAAGAUGACCAGAAGAAUAUCGACAAUGCGUGGGAGGAUUUCGUGAAUGAGCAGGUCGAUGGUCUCACGGCUUACAAUGAUGAUACGGGUUCUGCCGUAUUAAAGCAGAGAAAGCACUGGCUGCUGACUCAAUAUAUGGUCGUGCAGAGAAUUUUGAAGAGUAUCAAUACAAUCCUCGGUUCCGACCUGGAUGAUGAAAGCCAUGCUAUGAUCAACUACAAUGAAUCUUCUUUCGGUGAUACUUGGGUGGCAAAUCUUGCCUCCGAUAGGAUUACCUUUCUUGAACUCGAACUCGCUAAGACCAAAGAGGAACUGAGAAAAGUUCAGGGUGAGAACGAAUCUCCAGUACUUGAAAUUGGAAGUACCAGAGAUCAGCUGCAGAAUGUUAAGAAGGAUUAUGAUGCUCUUCUAUCUGUUCAAUCAGACCUCGUCAAAGCAUCUACAAGAGUCAAAGACUUAGAGUAUGAAUUGUAUAGCAAAGAGCAUCCCAAUUAUGAUAUUAAUGCUCUUGCCAUCGCCACCAGCCUACGCUUCUUUAACCUGUCGACCCGACGCAAUGAUUUUGGAAUAUUUACUGCGAUCCGCGGCCGCAGAACUACGGAUGUUGACGCCAUCAAUCUCGGAUCAGCUGCUGUAUAUAGUGGCAAUAUUCGAGUCCAUGUCUUCUUGAUAAUGAGGAACCCCAACGGCAAAUUUAAUAAAUAUAGAGGACUUUUCGAGACGCUUUAUGGGGUCACGUUAGAAGAAGUAGCCCAGGGCCUAUACAGCAAGUAUCGCUUCAACUCAAAACACACCGAGAUCGCAAACUUGAGAGGCACAAUGGCAUACUGUUUAUCAUUCACUAAGCUCUCUCAUGAUUCGGGUAAAGAUAUUUCUUUCGAAUAUUACCGAGGACUUAGUGGACAGGUGUUUCUAGAACUUUGCGAGAGAUUGGGAUCGGCAGCAGAGGCGCAAAAGGCAUUUGACACUGAUCCAGAUGUUGAGGACAUGUGUGUUCAAAUGCGAAGAAUUGCAAAACAUACUACCUGGAUGGAGAGGCAAAGAAUUCAAGGUCAACGUGUGACUUCGUGA